AAAUGGCCAUGAUUUAAUCAUUAUUUUUUGCAAAUUAAUGCCAUGCUAUGAAUGCUUGUGAAAAGUGUUCAUACUUCUAAAAUGAUGAGAACCGUUUUACCAAAUUGUGUACUGUUCAAACAACGUUUGCUUCAAGGAAUAAUUUCGGAAUAAGUGCUUAUUGUGAAGAUCUUUAAAUAAGACGAUAUUGAUACUCGGUGCUGCAUAUGACUAUAUUCAUCACUUUGAAUGCAUUUUUUUAAUGCUAUGAAAUAUCUGACCGUUAAAUUGAGUGGGCAUUUUGACGGCCUAAAACUAAUGGCGGCAUCCUUGAAUGGAUGCUAUUUGGAACUGCAUACUGUGGAACUUGCGGGUUCUACACUGAAAUUUUAAUGUUCAUUCCGUGGCUGCAUGAAGGUGCUCACAUACGUACUCUUUUUUUUCGAAAUGAUCACUGUUAGCACGCGGAGAAAUGCUUGACCUUCGACAGUGAUAACGUUAUCACUUAUCGACGAUGCUGGACAUGAGUUACUUUCGUAAGUAAGAGGAGUUUCGUGUGCUUGUCUAGUCACUGCAUAUAAGCGACAUACAUAAGCCUUUGUGCGACUGAAGUGAAGAAAUAGCGAUUUGUGAAGCGAAGUGUGUCAUCAGUAUCUUACGUAAACUAACUAGUUUUCGGUAAUUAUCCGUAAUUCUGCAACCUAUACGCAAUCUUGUUGUACUAUGUUCUAAUCCCAGUUUAGUCCAACCACUGGUGUUCUGAAGUCGUAUAAUGUCUAAUUGUAAGUCUCAAUUGGUAAGCAUAUUGAAAAAAAUUUUUGUUCGAAAGGCAGCGGUCUCGCACACUCUGACUUUCGCUCCAAUGGAAAAGUCCUAUACAAUGAAAACUGGAGAUGAAACUCUAUCAAUGACUGUUGUGCCUCCUGAGGAGUACAAUAAUUAUGCUGAUAGUUUACGUGAGUUACGACCACACUCUUACCAGAUCGAAGCGAUGUUGCGAGCUCAGCUCAAGUACGAUUUCUUUGGCCUCAUCAACGCAAAGCUCUACGCGCCCGCGAGCUCCUCGCAACGACACCACAUGGCCGUCAUCUCGCCCUCCGGCUCUUCUACAGAGAUGGAGUCGUUGUCUCUGUUCUGGGACGACGACCAGCUGUCAGACGGCACCGUGUACCGCCUGCUGCAAUCUCUGCCGCUAAACUGGCAGAGACCCUACGUGAUCCGCCAGAUUCCAAUUCACCUCAGCGCAAAACUGGACCUCAUGAUGCAAGAGCUCUCCGGAGGAAUCCUUCGCCAGUUUGCACCUUUUCCUGUGGUGAUCCUGUCACUGGCUCCUGAGGACACUCCUCCGGUCCCUUCACUACCAAGCGGUUACGUCUUCGGGAAACUCGAUGCAAGUUUCAGUGAAGAAGUUAUGUCAGUCUGGUCUGACGCGCCCACGGAGACUGCCAAGACCGUUUCAAAAUAUUUCGAAAAAUUUCCGUCAGUCGCAAUUUUCUCCAAGGAAAACUCUAGAAAAUGCUUGGCAAAUGUUGUGGAAAAUGGAUCGGAUCCUUCCACAAACGGGAAAUCGGCUGAGUUAGCAAGUUACUGCUGUUUCAAACAGAGUUCGGAUGUUGGCAUGACUUACACGGACGAAAAACACCGCAGAAAAGGUUUGGCUCGAGCUGCUACAUUACAGUUGUGUCAUGAACUACACUCACAAGGGAUAUUUGUAAACGUUAUGAUUGAACGCGUUAAUGAAAUAUCCAUAAAGCUGCAUAAGAGCAUGGGCUUCAAACACUGCACUGAUUCCCUGUUUAUUUUCUACAUCCCGAAAGGCUUUAACAUAUAUAGUUUUUCUCAUUUUGAAAAUAUUGCCAAAUACAUUCCCGAAGACCAAAUAAAAAAGUGGAAAGAUUGCCUCUAAACUAUCCGUUAUGAGAUGUAACUUUUGUUUUGUUGCUAAGCGAUCUGCCCAUUCACGUUGCUCUUGGCUAAGAUUUAAUCAAUGCAAUACAUAUGAUCAUAUAGCAUUUGACGACAAAACACGCUUACCCAGAUCGUCAUAAGUAAGCCAAUUACCAAGACGCAAAUGUCAUCCAGGAUUAUUGACUUGUUUUUGACGUGGAAUACAACUACUUGGUGGUGCUAAGUUUCAUAUACUUCGACUUGGGAUCAAGCCCGGUUCAUAAACGAAAAAUACGCUGGCUCCUUAAUUGCAGUUUGAUUAAUUUUAAUAGCUUUUAGAUCAAUUUUGCAAUUUUAUCAACUAAUAUGAAGUAGUCAAGUAGACAACUCUGCGGAAUUCACAGCUCCGAAAAUGGCGGGGAAUUCCAGUCAUGGCUUCGAAAUUCAAAAUAUUGUACACCCUACGUUUGUAUCAUUUUAAAACCUUCGCUGUAAACUUACGUAUUUAUGAAUAAGCGUUUUCUACAUAUUUUUGCAGAUUUGAUCAUUAUUUAUGUUACGGACAUGAUUUAACAGUCUAAUAAAUUAUUUUGGAUAUGUAAAUAGACAUUUUAAGUCAAAGUGAAUACGUACCUUAGCAUAUUUCUGGGAACAUGAUUAGUACAACUAAAAUGAAAAUACGCAUUUCCAUUUCAUUUGAUUUCAAUAUGAUGCAAUGCAUGACAAGUGACAAAAUUAAUCUAGGUUUCCACUAUGAAGAUAGAGCGACACCUUUCAUUGGCAGCUUAUAACAUUUUGAACCCAUAACUCGCUCCCAAUUUCGACACUAAAGUAUUGGCCUACGAAGCUAAUUGGCUUGCAUAUUACAUCCUGUCUUUGAUUAAUUAUUUAUGGUCUUUGUGUUAACUUAGUUCCAAUCCAAAGAGACGAGGUUUAAUUCAUUUUCAGAAUUUUCAUCUAGUGGCAAUUUUUUACCAUAAUCAAAUACUCCUGGAGAUACUAUUUUAAAAAUUAUAAUGUAUUUCAUUGACUAGAUUUUUUGCUGCACAUAUAGAAUUUGAUCGUAAAUAGAAUUAAUGUUGAAAUGUUUAUAUCCACAUC